UCCUGCCSGGCUGGGCGGCGGCCGCUCCGUUCUCCGGAAGUGUCGCUCCAGCCGCUCCGUGACCGGGACCAUCUGCCGCUGCCCGAACCAACAGCCACCAUGUCGAGCAAAAGGGCAAAGACCAAGACCACCAAGAAGCGCCCUCAGCGCGCCACUUCCAAUGUAUUUGCGAUGUUUGAUCAGUCGCAGAUCCAGGAAUUCAAGGAGGCCUUCAACAUGAUCGACCAGAACAGGGAUGGCUUCAUUGACAAAGAGGACUUGCACGACAUGCUCGCCUCCCUUGGAAAGAAUCCAACRGAUGAAUACCUGGAUGCCAUGAUGAACGAGGCUCCGGGCCCCAUCAACUUCACGAUGUUCCUCACAAUGUUUGGUGAAAAGUUGAAUGGCACUGACCCAGAGGAUGUAAUCAGGAAUGCUUUUGCUUGCUUUGAUGAAGAAGCAACAGGGUUCAUCCAAGAAGACUACCUGCGGGAGCUGCUGACCACCAUGGGGGACAGGUUCACRGAUGAAGAGGUGGAUGAGCUGUACAGAGAGGCCCCCAUCGACAAAAAGGGCAAUUUCAACUACAUUGAAUUCACACGCAUCCUGAAACAUGGAGCAAAGGACAAGGAUGACUGAGCAAGUCCCUGGAUACCUGCAGAUUAUCUCUACACUUACRUUUAUUUUUAACCAUUUCUUCCUGAUAGAACUUGUUGCAUGCAUUUAGCUUCARAGCUUUUUUCUUUUUCAAUAUAUUUAUCUAUUCCAGGCCAUUUAGGCACAUUUGCACCUGUAAUCAGACUGGAAACGGGGAAAAUAUUGUGAGGGAAAAGCUAUGGGACAAACAUUCCCUGGAGUUGGUUGUCCAGGAAAAUAAUCUCAAUGUUUCUGGUUUAGCUGGAUUUUUACAUUUUUGUAAUAAAUGCCAUUUUGAAAUAAAGAUUGCAAUAUAGAUAAAAUACCUCAAAAUCUUUUUGUGAAGAAUCACAUUUCUAUUAUGCAUUUACAAAUGCAGGUGUUUUCAGUGUAUUUUUCUUGCAGUUGCAAGUCAAGCUAGAAAACUCAUUUUUACAGUGUUUUGUUCAGUGUCACAGGGUUCUGAAAUGCUCGUAGCAGCAUCUGCUGGCYUCUUAAAAAAUGUAGCUGCAGAAAUCCUUCAGGUUUUUGAAGUGGGAUCUGACUACUGUGUAAGUAGUUAAGGAAAGAAAUAGUUUGGGAAGACUGUUCCAAUUUCCAUGGCCAGCAGAGAACAUGUGAUUCUUAAGCAGAUGCCAUGCCCAGCUUUUGCUUCCUUUYAAUACUGAUGGGUUUUCUAGCAGUACUUUCAUGUCAAAGUGUGCAUUCCUGUUUGCUAAGUCUUUAUGCUGACAGUGAGUGGGAAUUAGGCAUAUUUUCUCCCUUCUGCUGAAGGAAGCUUGUGCCAGGGAAUCUGCUGGUACUAAUUAACAGCAAUACAUGGCYGGAAAAUUUAUAGAAAGCUUUAUUGUUCUACAUCUAAUUCACUUGUAUGUGAGAAUGUGAGCCAAAUCGUUCUAAGAAUUCACUUGGUAAAACCCUAUAGGUGCUGAAGUAGGUCUCACUUUUUAAAAUAUCAUACAUAGUCCUCAGUUAUAUUGAUAAGAUGGCUUUGAACCAAGCACAGUCAGUCAUUCAGAACUGGUUGUGCUGAUGUUGCCUCAAAUACAAAGAAAAGAAGAUUGUUUUUGUAGUUCUUGGUUUGGCAGUGCUCUUCUGUGUGCCUCAUUCUYUUGGCUACUGCAAGUUAAAAGCAGAAGGAAGAAUUUAUUUUGCCUAUGUAUUUAUCAACUAAAAUAAUGACGUCUGACCUAGAAAGCAUGUCCUCAGCUAUAUCACAUGACUUAAGACCCCAAGGAAUGGGAAUUCAGUGCUGAAGGGCUGUAAAGGCUCUGAUGCUUAUCCUGUAAGGUGGGUUUGUCUCAUUUCAUGUGCAGUAGCAUGAAGGCUUAAGGUUACUUAAUCUUGCUUGUGUUCCCAUAUGGCAGUUCUGGAGGAUAUUCUGGCUUUGGAUUUGUAAAUAACUUUACACAGUAUACUCAGUUGGCAUACUUGGACUAUUUUUUAAUUUUUUAUUCCAGGGUGGUUUUUUCCACUUACAGGCUUGAUUAAAAUUGAWUUUUCAACCAU